AUGGAGAACAUCACCCCCCCUGCCCUCGAUAGUCAGCAGAUGCCCAAGCAAUAUCCUGCGGGCAAUCCAGCUAAACAACAGGCUCGCGUGCCCGAGCAAUACCCUGUGGGCAACCCGGCUGAAGAACAGCGGAUGCCCGAGCAAUAUCCUGCGGCCAAACCGGGCGAGCCUUCUGGCCCUCAAAGGGCGUUAGUUCGAACAUAUGCCCAAUACUUAGACUCUGUGGGCAAACCGGACGAGCCUUCUGGCCCUCAAACGACGUUAGUUCGAACAUAUGCCGAAUACUUAGACUCUGUGGGCAAACCGGGCGAGCCUUCUGCCCCUCAAACGACGAAUAGCUAUCGAUAUAUGCAUCUCCGACACUUGUUAUACCAGUGUCAUGAGUAUGGAAUUGAUCUAUUCUCAGUUGACGAACAAUACACCAUCCUUGGCCGCUGGACCACUGAUCCUCGAAGUCUGGGGCUCUUAGCCUCCGCCUGCAAAUUCACAGUAUUCUCCAUCCCCGCCUUCAAAUUCUCUUUCAUUUCACAGACGCAGCUCGAAAGGUUGGACGCGCGCUCCGGGCUGGAAAUUCUCUACUCGGGAACGGUGGCACGGAGUCGCCUUUCUGACCCGGAAACUUGGAGUGUAUGGAUAGGAAGAACGGUGGUAUCAAGGACUGUAAGAACACACGUUUGGUACAGAAAUGACUCCCAACUUAACGGAAUCUUCAUUGUCACGGGAAUUUGGCCAGGCUUGUACGAGGCCUUCUUCAAGCUCACGGACCUCCUUUUGAUGGUACAGCAGGCAGUAGCAAGACAUGCUUUGACAAAAAAUAAACAGCAUCAGCAUUGUCCCGACGGACCCGACCGCCGUGGUCGACUCUUCCGAGUCACGACAGUCACAGAAGAUUUCAUGCGCUGCUCCUGCACGACGAUCAGCCUGUUCAUGGAGGGCGAACCGGUGACAUGGACAGCUGGCACCUCGCUUUUCGUCAUGUUUUGCGUCGGACUUGCUAGCGUCAACCGUGACAUCUUACGAGGUGGAGGGAGAGGGAGUCAUGAGCCAUGGGCCAUGGGCCAUGAGUGUAUUUAGUCCUCUAUGAUAAAUUAUGCUAUGUUGCACUAUCAGAUAGUGCACGGAUUUACAGAAAAAAUUGGCCCUGAUCUACCCUUGGAAAAUCAGGAACCCCGCCAGGGCCUGAGACUG